AUGGCUCUUGCAGGGGAGCAAAGGUUUGCUGUGGCAGGCAUCUGGUUGGCCUACCUAGGCUGGGCUCCCUUUGACGCCUUUGUUCCCAAGAACAUGGGAGAAUCCAAUCAGGUAGUGUACGUAGCAAUCCUGAUGGCCGCUUCCGUUUGGUUUUCUUUUUGGUCGGUUGUGAUUAUGAAUGGAAUUGGUCUUGCCGCUGUCAUGGAGGCCACAGCAUCACAACUUUCCUUCCAAGGGCACCUCUAUGUGACGCUUCCAAUCAUGGGACUCAUUGCAUUCAACCUUUGGACCCUUGUCAAGGUGUCGAAGAAAGUGGCCAAAGCCUUGUGGUCGCUUUAG